GUUGCAAUCAUGCAGGUUGAUCAAAAUGGCAACAGGAAAUUUCUUGUUGAAGUGCUGAGGCUAAAUCUGUUACACCAUCCUAAUAUUGUAAAUAUAAUUGGCUACUCUGCUGAUAGAGAUCAUAGACUUCUGGUUUACAAAUACAUGCCACUAGGAUCAUUAAAAGACUAUAUUCAAGGCAAGUUUGUUGAUCAAAGAUCAGAAAUUCUCCGAAAUGGCAGAUCCAACGCUUCAAGGCAACUAUCCAGCAAAAGGUUUACAACAAGCUCUUAUAGUCGCAGAAAUGUGUGUUCAAGAGCAACCUACAAAAUGCCCCGGCAUAUCAGAGGUGGUCACAUUUUUGACUCACAUUGCUUCAGGAAAGUAUGAUUCUGAAAUGUCAGGAUGUUCCAAACUCAAUCUAAACAUCUCCUAAUGCUCGUCGAGAAUGUGGGAAACUGACAAAUGCAUAUGAAAAGUAUGAAAAACUCUAAGAUUUAGUUGGUGUUUUGUUAUGAAUAAAAAAAGUCAAUAGGCCAUGAUGAAGAACGUGUUUAAGAAACUAGCAAACUUUGUGUGGGAUCCGGGUUGAUGGGCCCAAGUGCCGAAAUCAAUUAAGCGAAUUGGUUAAAUAAGGUUGGGUAACAAUAGUAUAGGUAGGCUGAAUAUUGUUAGAAACUUCCCCUCUCUGGUCUCUCUCUGCCUCGUCUAUUUCUCUAUGUGGCUCUGUCUUCUCAUCCCUUUCUUUUUAUUACUAUCCUCAGUUAUUGUUCCUUUUCAGUGUAAUUCCUUUGUUAUCAUAUCAAUAUGUUAUUUUUGUAUUUGAUUGUGGAUAUUGGAUCCAUAACAUUGGUGCUUUCAUUGUCUCCAUCUACCAUGGUGGACCUAUCUCAAGCUCCAGUAAUGGGUCGUUUCAGCGGUGAGAAUCCUUUGAAUUGGGUUCUUCAGGCAGAGAGGUAUUUCACCUUUUACAAUAUUUCAUCGGAGCAUAAAUUGUCCCAGGCUUCAUUCUAUUUGGAUGGAAACGCUUUGGAAUGGUAUCAUUGGUUAUUUCGAAACAAACAACUUGCAGGCUGGGACCAUUUCGUGAACAAAUUGUUUAUUCGUUUUCGACGUCGCAAUACGGAAGCACCUGGUAGGUGUUUAGCUUUUCUUCGGCAAUUUACCAUAGUAUUGUAUUGGGAAAAAUUGCAUUUAUAUAUGCAAGUGACAUGUUGAGACAUGUGGACUAGUCAAAUAGUCAAAGAAUUAUAAUUAGUCAAGAGGCACGGGCAGUAGUAGAAACGAGCAAAGGCAAAGUAAGAGGCACGGGAGGAUAUUUGAAGGAUUCAACGCUCGUACCUAUUUAAAUCACUUAUCAGAAGGAAUGGAUCUGACCAUAAUAAAGAGCGCAGAUACGGAAUUCGACAGGCAUUAAAUACUGGAUACGUUAGAGAAUUUGUAUUGAUUACAAUGACUGUGUAACGUAGCAUUCAAUGUCUUUAAUUAUUCAUAAUAGAUUCGUUAUGAUUUGGAGGAAAUGCAUAUCUUCAAGAUACCUAUAAAAGGGAGGUAUCUGGUCAAUUGUAAACA